AGAAGAAUGAGGAGGGAGAACCAGAGCAGCGUGACCAAGUUCCUCCUCCUGGGGCUCCCCAUCCAGCCAGAGCAACAGGGCAUGUUCUUUGCCCUGUUCCUGGGCAUGUACCUGACCACGGUGCUGGGGAACCUGCUCAUCAUUCUGCUCAUCUGGCUGGACUCUCGCCUCCACACCCCCAUGUACUUCUUCCUCAGUCACUUGGCCCUCAUUGAUGUCUCUUUUUCAUCUGUCACAGUCCCUAAGAUGUUGAUAAACAUGCAUACUCAGGAUCAAUCCAUCCUUUAUGCAGGAUGUGUAACACAAAUGUAUUUUUUCUUAUUUUUUGGCUGUAUUGAUAACUUUCUUCUUGGAGUGAUGGCAUAUGACAGGUAUGUGGCCAUUUGUCAUCCUCUGCACUACAUCACCAUCAUGAGGGAGGAGCUGUGUAUGCUUCUGUUGGCUGGUUCCUGGCUCCUCUCUUGUGCCAGUGCCCUUCACACUCUCCUCCUGGCUCAACUGUCCUUCUGUGCUGACAACACCAUCAAGCACUUCUUCUGUGACCUUACUGCCCUGCUUAAGCUCUCCUGCUCAGACACCUCCUUCAAUGAGAUUUUUAUCUUCACUGUUGGGGGAUUCGUCAUUAUCCUGUCAUUUUUUGGUGUCCUGCUCUCUUAUGCCCACAUUGGGGCCACCAUCCUGAGGUUUCCCUCAAUCAAGGGGAUCUGCAAAGCCUUGUCCACUUGUGGCUCUCACCUCUCUGUGUUUUUUCUAGUCUAUGGGACCGUUGUGGUAUUGUACUUUUUCCCAUCAUCAAGCAACUCCAAUGGCAAAUACAUAAUUGCUUCAGUGAUGUACACAGUGGUCACCCCCAUGUUGAACCCCUUCAUCUACAGUCUGAGGAACAGAGACAUGAAGGGGGCCCUGGGGAAAAGUCUCAGAAGGGAGAUCUUUUUCUCCAAGUGA